GUUGCAAACUUGGGUCAUAAAUUACACUGACUUUAAAAUUUUUUUUUCUAGUUAUUAAAUUAAAAAUGGUUUAAAUAUGUAUAAAGUGAAAGUGUACAGUCGUCACUAUCCUAUAACGUUUGGGUUAACUACUUUCAUUUUCCUUCUACUAUACAGGAAUAUUAAUCUAUCUUAAGACCCUCGUUUUCUCGGAAACUAUUUACUUUUACGGGAAUUUAUUUUCUAGAAUAUUUAAGAAACAAACUGUUUUUUAAUUUUAUAUUUACAUUAUUUUUGGGGAUAAAACCACUACUUCAUUUUUAUUUUCAAGUGAUAACCUAUAUUGAAAAUUCCAUGAAUACAUGAAGUAUUAGUUAAAAUAAAUUCUGAUGUUAACAUUUUUUAUUUCCUUCGAUCCGUUGACGAGAUAUUCCACUUUUAAGUUUAUGUAAAGGGAGAGUGGUUGUCCAUUAUUAACACGCUGCCCGCUGUACCACUACACGAAUGAUAUUCCACUACUCUCUUUCAACCAAUUUAUAAAAGUGGAAUGUCCUGUCUAUGGAUUGACUGAAAUCAAUAAUUUCAACAAAAAAAUUUAUUUUAAAUAAUACCCUAUUUAUUUAUGGAAUUUUAAAUUUAGGUUGCCAUUUGAAAAUUAAAAGUAGGUAGUGGUUUUGCUCUAUAAAUAAGGGUAAUAAAAAGUUACGUAAAUUUAAAAUUGUAGAUUACUUGGUUUCUUUAAUAUUCUAGAGAACAAAUUCCGGUAGAGUAGAUACUUUUAAGAUAAUGAGUGUCUUAUGAAAGAUUGAUCACUACAAGCAUCUAUCAAUACUAUCAAUACAAUGUAUUCUAUAAUGAAUGCUACGAGUUUCGUAUCUAUUAGGAUAAGGUCUAAAUUUCUGGUCUCCUUAUCUGCAAUCUUCAUCAAUCAUGGUUAUAGAAAGAAUCACAAUGUUUAUAACCUUAAAUAUUUUGACUGUUAACUGAAUGUAGAAUUUUGUUUUUUAUACUAUAAAUGACAUACGGAUCGUGUGAACUCGCCUAUGCUACAUAGUACAUUGCUACAUCUAGAAACAGCCAUCAACAUCAAAAACAGUACAGAGUAAUAAAGAAUAGUACAAUUACUCUAUUUUAUACCAAGUAAAUCAAAUUAUUAGCAUUUAAAAUUAAAAAAUAUAUAAAAUAUCAACUUAAAGUGUCUCAAAUCGUUAAUAAUUCUGAUUAAUGGUAACUUUAUUGUUGUAGUUAGAAUUAUUGGUUUUGGGUGUAUUUAUUUUAGAAUUUUGUGUAUUCAACAUUGCUGUACCAAGUUCAUAUUGAUUAAACUAAUAUUUGUAUAAUUAUCUUCAUUGGACUAUGUAUUUUUUUUUAAAUUUAGUUUCAGUUUGCACAAUUAAAAUAUGUCUUAUUCUACAUUAAAAAAAGCCCUACAAUUAUUCGAAGACCCGAUUUCUUGUAAAAACUCAAAUCCACAAAAACCAGGUAAUUUAUUAUUUAAAUACAUAAUACCCAACUUGAAUUUUGUUGUUUUUUCAGGCAAAAAAUUGCAUAGUUUCCUUAAAAAGUCUAAGGGUAAAUCACAACACGCCAAAAAUAUUUUCAAGGUACAAAAUUAUUCAAAAACAGAUGCUGGAAAGUCUGUUCAAAAACUCAAGGAUCAAAUAAAAAAUGAAAAGGACUUAAAUUUAGUGAAAAUAAAUUUGGAUCGUUUACACAAAUUAGAUAGAACAAGUUGUGUAAAUAAUAUUGGAUCAAACUUGGUAUGUACCUAAACAGAUAAACAUUUUAUUAAUUGCAUAAAUAUUGAGAAUAAUUUUACCCAC